GAAGACCCCUCCGAGCAAAUCUCGACGUCUCAGCUAUGCACUAUGCUCGUUAAUACGUAGGCAUUGUCCAUAUUGCUUCCUCUUUUUGCCUUACAGUGCAGCUACCUAUCAAGAGAUGCACCACGCUGGUGAAAAAAUCAGAAAAUUGAUCCAGGAUGGCUUCUAGAGUCCGUCGGAGGAGACAGUUGGACAAGGUGGCCAAUGCAUGUGAGCAGUGUAAGAAGAGGAAGGUCAAAUGCUCGGGACGCCACCCCUGUGAGUCAUGUAUAGCUCGCGAUUUGCAAUGCAUCUUCAAACAAGCAGAAAAGAGAGUGAUCGUAUCUGAAAGUUAUCUGCGCAAACUGCAAGAAUCCUACACCAGGAAGCAAGAAAGGCAGGUCUCCACACGUGCCAGCUCAGAGGAUGUUUCAAUUCCGGCGCCCAAUACCGACUUGUCGCCCGGGCAUGGUUAGCAGAUAAACUAGCAUCGGCGAAGAGUACAGGCUAAACAGUUACAGGGGGUAUGCAUGUAUCCGGCGCGAAUGCGACCGAUGGAGAAGCUAUU